AUGGAGGAAUCUGCCCUGCUUGGCAUUCAAGUUUCUCAGGCAGCAAGGGAUUUAAUGGAGUGGGAGCGUCGCAAUUUUUCUAGACAUGUGAAUGCAAGGCAAUGGCUAUUGAGGGAAAAAUGUUUUAGCCUGUCCAUCUACAAAAGAAGUCCUAAAACUUAUCGAUAUUUGCGCCAACACUUCACUCUGCCAUGUGAGAAAACACUAAAAAAUGUUUUGGAUAGCAUCCACAUAGAGCCUGAAAUCUCACAAGUUUUUCUGAAGAUCCUAGAAAAGAAAACAUUUAAUAGUUUAGAUAAGGAUAAGGUGGCAGUGGUUGCAUUUGAUGAGGUUUUUGCAGAAGAGAACCUUACCUUCAGUAAUCUCCUUGACUUAGUCAAUGGAUUUGAAGAUUUUGGAGCAAGGGGCAGAACACACAAGAAAGCUGAUCAUGUUCUAGUAUUUAAAGUGAAACUACUAAACACUGAUACAGACUUGCCCAUUGCUCAUUACCCUGUACAUGCCACCUGUCCUUCUGACAUGCUGGCCUUGCUACUGGAAGAUGUAUGCAGAGCACUACCUUCUAUUGGUAUCACUGUUGUGGCCAGUGUGUCAGAUCAGGGCUCUACCAAUAGAGGGGCUAUUGCAGCAUUGCGAGAAAAAUGUGAUCAAGGAGAGUUUGACAAUGUAUAUCAGGUAGAUGGCAAACUGAUUGUGCAUCUGUGGGACUUCCCUCGCCUCUUGAAAAAUUUAAGGAAUAAUUUGCUUCCUAGUAAUUUAUAUUUUGAAGAGAACAAGCUGGCAAAAUGGCGGCAUAUAAUUGAGUUUUUCAAGUUGGAUGAGGGAAUUUGCAAGAUUUCAAGAUUGAAGUAUGCUCACUUGGCUCCUGUUGGACGCAACAAAAUGCAUGUGCAUUUAGCUGCUCAAAUAUUUAGUGAGCAAAAUUUCAAGGGGAUGAAAACCUUUCAUACCCUUUCCGAUGGAAGGCUUCUUAGUGAAGCUAUGAACACAGCUGAGCUCCUAAUGACAGUUGAUACCCUGUUUGACUCAGUAAAUGGGCCAAGUAGGCGUGACAAGCCGAAAGAUGGUAGGUGUGAUGUAACUCCAUCAUCAUACUACCACUUUGUGGGUGGCAUGAAAACUGUCCUGGUCCAGAAGCUAUCUGCCAAAGUUCGAGGGACAAACUGUGAGCAGGCUGAUGAGAAAAAAAUGAAUGAGUUUGUGGCCUUGUUGGAGGUGGCAAUAAAUUGUCAAAGUGUCCACUCUGAUGCCACCCCUGGCUUGCUCCGGGCCCAUGAUCCAGCUGAUCCUCCUCCCAGGCCAUUCAACAAACUCACCCGUCAAGGGCCCUCCUUGACGUGUGGGACAAUCUGCACCAAAGUCCUUGAGGCCACUGGUAGGUGCCAGGUGACCUGA